AAGAAUAUUUUGUCUACUGCAAUGCACCGCUUAAAACAUAGUUGCGAUGACAGCGGCACGUGUCAUGGCGAGUGUGUUGUUAUAAACGAAAGUCGUGUGCUGUGAGUCCGUACGUAAAAUCGAAAGCUGUCAAUUACAAUAUUCAAGAUGAGGGAAGAGACAGUAUUAAGUUUAAAGUGGCAUAGUUUUCCGUCGCAUUUGGCAGUUUCCCUCGAUACGUGUUACGAGAAGCAACAGUUUGUAGAUCUUUCCUUAGUAUGUAAAGACGGAACGAUUUUAAAAUGUCACAAAAUGGUAUUGGCCAACUCGAGCUCGUUCUUUCGUCGCCUGCUCGUCGCCAACGAUCAUCCUCAUCCUAUGAUUAUUCUUCACGAUAUCGAAGCAGAUGAUCUCAAGACUAUCGUCAAUUUCAUGUACUGCGGUGAAAUACAAGUGGUUCAAAGUGAGGUUAGAAGGCUGUUGAAAUUGGCCGAAAUUUUGGAAGUCACCGGUCUACGGCAUAUUCAAACUUCCGUUUUGGUAGGAGAAUCGAACAACGCGUCUCAUGAUACGACCAGGAAAACGACCACGGUAUCUCGUUUAAAAAUCGAAGAAACGAAAGGUCUAUCUACCAAAACAGUAGUACCUGAUCAUGAUCCUAAUAGUAAUAAACCACAAAAUAAAACGGCCAGUCAAUCGACAAAGUUGCCUUCGUCUACUCAUCUGCAUAAAAGCAGAAAUAAAAUUCCGUUAGACGCUACCAAAAAGAGUGAAGAGGGUAAUAUUAAUUUAUUAAGUCAACGUUUAGAUACAGGGCGCUCUGGAAUCAGUAUUGUAGACAUUAACGACAUGCCAAGUACUAGUAGAGGAAUUACCAACCCACCACCUCAAAAAAGGAAGGAGUCUUCUGAACCUGUUAUUAGUUGGCCUCAUGUUCUGUCCGCUAUAUCAAAGGAUAAAUCUUUGCCUUUGAAAAAAUUAUGUAUUAUGGACGAAGUUGAAAUUACAGCUGGGAAGCCACCUACGAGUGGUCAAGAGUUCCAGAGAAAUGAACCUUUAGACAAAAGGAAACAAAGGACUAGCUCAGAAAGCAACAAAUCUAUGAAGUAUGCGGUUUAUAUAAAAGAUGAAGUAGAUAUAUUUGAAAUGGAAGAAGACGCGGAUAUGGACCCACUUGAAGUUGAAGAAAUUGACAAUGAAAAUUCGGAGACACUCAUGGGAUCGACCCAAAUGUUUCCUGUUACAAAUGUGGAACAGACGUAUUAUAAUGCAGGCGCGCUCUCUGAAUUUCCCUCAAGAAAGGGAUCCAACGGUUAAUAGACAAAACAAACGUAUUAAAUUCUUAAUAUAUGUUGCUUUGAUAACACUUAGACUGAAUAAAACUUUUUGUGGUUAUAAA